AGAAUUACCUCGCUGCCCGCAUUUGAAAUCGGCCAGGUUACUGCCGAUCAUUUAUUGUCUCCUUGAAAAUCUUCCUCGCGUUAUUUCUCUUCAAUAUCGUGUGGAAAUUUACCUUUCAUAGCCAUUAAUUUAAUCGACUGUCAUAAACAAUUUUUAUUCCGUGGGCGAAACGACCAGCCACGUAGAUAUAUACGUAUUUUCAUACGCACCACCUUCGACGGACAUACGCGUGCCGCAGGUUCGAGUCUUUGACGCUGAAGUUCGAACGCUUCCGAACGCUUUUGACUGCAGCGCGAACGAAUUCAAGGGUAACCACAACCGGCGCUACCGCAGCUAGCGAAUUUUUGCCCUUUUUUUUCGUUCGGCGGAGCAACGAUGUUUUCGUUCAGCUAUCGAGGCCCGUGUCGAAUCCGAACCGGCGCGGCGGCUCAGGGAAUUCGGGGGACGUCGCGACGUCGGGCGAUAAAAUAAGCGGCGAAAGCACCGGCAUAGGUCCUGAUAAUGUAAAACUCGAAUCCCAGACCCCGGACUUCUGACCUCAGAUCCGAGAGUGCGGAGGUCCAAAGUCCACAUUGGCUACGUCGCGUACCGUUGUGUCUGAUGUUGUACCUGAAGUAUUGCGGGUAAAAUCGAGAUCAUAGAAUUCCUGCGGUCUCUGAUGUAUGCCAGCGCGCGUUCGAACAUCAAAGCGACCGAGGAUCGAGGGCUCCUGACCCUCCAAGAAUAAUCUUUAAUACCCACGUCCUCGGUAUCUAGCCACCGCUGUACCGUCGCUAGAUCCGAAAUCUAGAUACGGCUUCGAUUUCACCGGGCAUCAGUGUCCACUUUCCCACAACUAACUCCCAGGAGGUGGUCCUGCUGGCUGCUGAGAUAUGGACCGGUGGUUGCUUCGCCGAGAGCAAAGAAAUUUAGCGAAGCAUGGGGAAUUCGGAUACACAAAUAUCAAACCAAUCACGGUAUAUCUGAGUCGAAAGUUUUCAAACAGAACCCCUCGGUGUUAUGCACUUCGAUAUCGAUCGAACUCAGGUGGACUGAUCCAGCUUUUGAAUACCGGGACUGAUAUCGAGUCGGGGUUUGAAUUUUUUUUUUUCCAAAUUUGCCGAUGCAAACUCCAGGAAUAGACCGUGCGGAUCGAUCAAUAAUCCCGCCGAGUGUAUAUGGACAUAAUAGACCAGACAUUCCUUAAUACCCUUGUACACGUAAUAUAGCUGAGAGUCAACGCAGACGUAAUGGGGAUUAUAGAUAGCGCCUGUAUCUUCGCUACUAAUUGGAGAGCCUCUGAGCUAAUUGACCUUUAUGUUAACAAGUGUUUUUAUCGAUAUCGUGAUUACUGAAUCCUUGACUCCGAUGUGGAGAUGAUAAACCGUUCUCCGGUGGUGAAUUUUGGCGAUACGCUGAAAGACAAAGGAAGAAAUUAGCGUCGAUCGGCGCAUCGUUGAUUAACGAUUAUCCCCCGACCCAUAAAUUAUGAAGUGCUGUUCCGCCGCAUUGCUGCGACUCGAAUUUCUCGGAAUCAUUUUCCUGGACAUAUUAUUUGCAUCGUUUUUUCCAUUCUAAGAAUCAAGUUUUGAAUUAAUGAAAUUUUAGACCGUUUACGUCAUAAUGGAAUAAAAUCCGGAGGAUCUUCUUUAUUUCAAAAUUACUCAGCGAUUAUUCCUUCGCCAAAUUAUCACGAAACGAAUGAAACGUGGUACCCCUAUACUCGAUUAAGUAUCGAUGAUAUUGACAAAGAAAAUUUCGUCCCUCACUCGCUCGACAGCGAAAACGACGAUACUUGGUCUCGGGAAACCUCUUUGGAAAUAACGACGGUCUGUAGGGAGGGUUCCGGUAAAUACCCUCAAAUUACGGUCAAUUUUUUUUUCUCCAUUCGUACGGAUAUCACACGGUUUUUACAUUUUAUUACCGACGAUCAGUUGGCAAAAUAAUACCAAUGUAAAAUUCAAAGCCAAAUUAAUUGAAUACACCGUCGGAAUCGGUAUAAUUGCUAAUUUGUUACAAUUCAUUUGCAAUAAAUUUUGGCAUUCUAAGGAUUUAACAUUUGAAUCCAAGUGAAUUGCUAAAUACCACAAAAACACUUCGAAUUCUUUUGUCACGAGAUACAAGAAAAAAAUCAGCCAACCAAUCGAUUGAAUCAUCUUGAUUUCUAUUCAUUGAUCGUAAUCUCUGAAAUCGGGAAGAAGUUUGAAACGGUUGAAGUCGCAUGGUCGGUGGCAUUGAGCGUCAUAGCGAAAAUAUAUGACAAAGAAUUUUCUCUCCACCUAGCCGACGACGUUAUCGAGGAAGGGUUGUUUCUUUGAUUAUGCUUAAAUUAGAGUGCAGUGCAGAGGCACCGUGUGACGCAUUGUUUUGCAAGCUUGUUCUUCGAUUAACAUACAAGGCCUGCCACUUUCCUUCGGCCACGUUAGGGAGCAGGAUUUUCCUCCUCGCCCAUGAUUCGUCGUUCCGAUAAAACUCGUCCGAUGCAACGAACAAGCUGCAGUUUUCGACGAGUGCAUUUCGGCGGUAGAGCCUGAGCUGGUACCAUUCGUGUCACGCUUCGUUCGUUUUGCGACCGACCAAUUAUUCUCAUCCAGUGAAAUAAUCGCGUGAGUCGUUAACCCCCCUGAGUCAAUCUCAGUCAGAGCGAUACGAUCGUACGAUGGACAUAUUUUCCGCUUUAAUUUUACUAAUCGGCGUCGUUAUUCUUGUGGCUAUUGUGACAUGGAUGCGUGGGAAAAUAUUCUACUGGCGGCUAAAGGGUGUUCCAGCCGCCGGCGUGGUACCUUUCAUAGGGAGUUACAUGCCGCUAUUCUUGCGCAAGCUCGCGCUCCCUGAUUUUCAAAAGUACAUUUACGCCGUGAAUAUGGAAUCGAAGUACAUAGGGAUGAUGGAUUUUCAUACGCCAUCGAUUCUGGUGAGAGAUCCGGAACUUGUCAAGCAAAUCGGAGUUAAGCACUUCAACGACUUUCCGGACCACAAACCGGUGGUAGGAGAAUCGACCGAUACGUUUUUCGGUAAAAUGAUGUACUUCGUAACCGGUAGACGGUGGAGAGAGAUGAACGCGGUAAUGAGACCCGCCUUCACCUCCAGCAAAAUUAAGUUCAUGUCAGAACUGGUGUCGGAAAUUGCGACGGACUUCGUCGCCUAUCUUUCGCGUCACCCCGAGCAGACCUCAUCCAUAGAAAUGAAGGACGCUUUCACACGUUUCACGGCCGACGCCAUAGCCACAGCAUCUUUCGGACUCAGAGUCGAGUGCAUGGAGAACAGAAACAAUGCCUUUCACGCUUGGGGAAAGGAAGCCACCGAUCUGGGAACCGUGUCGGUUCUCUCCAAAAUAAUCAUGUUCCGUGCCUUUCCGCGGCUCACGCGAUGGCUGGGGUUGUCUCUGAUAUCCGAAAAAUCCGCGCAGUUCUUCAAGGACUUGGUCAAGGAGAACCUGGCCAACAGGGAGAAGCACAAUCUAACCAGGCCCGACGUGAUACACCUGCUGACGCAGGCCGGCAAAAAGGACGACGGACUCGAAAUCACCGUCGACGACGUUAUCGCUCAAUCGUUCAACACGUUCUUCGCGGGAUUCGACACAUCGUCGACCCUGAUGUGCUACUCUGCCUACGAACUCGCUGUCAAUCCCGAUGUGCAGGAUCGCCUGCGCCGCGAGGUCGACCAUUUCCUGAACGAAGGCGCAGGGGUUAUCACUUACGAUUCGCUCAGCGAAAUGAAAUACAUGGACGCCGUGGUGGCCGAGGUGCUCAGAAAAUAUCCACCGUUGCCCUUCACCGACAGAAUAUGUCGCAAGUCGUUCGAAUUACCACCGGCGUUACCGGGAGUCGACGCGUUCACCCUCGAACCGAAUAUGGUCGUUUAUUUCCCGAUAUACGCGCUGCACCACGACCCCAAGUACUUUCCCGAACCGGAGAAGUUCGACCCUGAGAGAUUCAGCAAAGAGAACAAGUCGAAGAUAAUCCCGUAUACUUACUUGCCCUUCGGUAUCGGUCCCAGAACCUGUUUGGGCGAUCGUUACGCGCUCAUGAAUAUAAAGAUGAUACUGGCCCACCUAAUCGCGAAGUUCGUUUUAAAACCAACGCCGAAAACAUCGAUUCCUCUGAAGUUUUCCACCAAGUCGUUAACGAUGGGUGUCGAGGGUGGGUUUUGGCUGGAGUUGAAACCCAGAGAACUCUGUUAACUCUUACCAACGAAACGAAUCUCCUUAUUAUCACGUAUCACUCGCCUACGAUUCCAGCUUCAUCCCUAUUAACCGUUCGUAUUUUUUCCUCAUCUGAUUGAAUGACACUGCGUGAGUCUGAAUAAAAUUUUUA